AUGCUACAGGGGAUACUGAAGCUGCGGCUUUUCUGCAACAACGGCUUCAUGGGCCGCGGCGCGUCCAAGAUGCCAUUCGAUGCCGACGAGGGCCCACCAUAUCCGUCCAAGCUGUGUGCCUUCGUGGAAGAUAUCAAGGCGCAGGUGGCUGUCAAAAGUAUUGUCUUCUCCUUCUGGAAGUCGACGCUCGAUCUCGUCGGCCAGCUUCUUGCAGCCCGUGGGCUGGGGUUCUAUGUCAUUCACGGCGCACUCCCGCUGAACGAAAGACGGCGCAUCCUGGAUGAAUUUCGACCUGCUGGCAAUGCCCACAUACUACUGAUGACGCUAGGGACUGGAGCAGUUGGACUCGACCUGGCGGUUGCGUCGAGGAUUUACCUUCUCGAGCCGCAGUGGAACCCGCAACUAGAGCAACAGGCCUCUGGACGAGCGCAGAGACUGGGACAGACGGAACAAGUCACCAUUACCCGCUACGUCAUGAAGGACACCGUAGAAGAUAGCAAUGUCUGGCCGAGACAGGCCGAGAAGCUGCGGGAUGCAGCACGGGGCUUCGAGAAGUCGGGUGGAAAGCCUGGAUCUGGGAAUGAGCAGGACCUCCGCGUGAGUCAUAUUGAAUACUGGCUACGGACCUAG